UAACUUUCCCAAUAUCACUCUUUGUUGACCAUUUUCUCUUUCCUUUCCCCUUUCCCAAAUUUCAGUCGGGUCCGGUGUGACCAUUCUUCUUUAUUUUUCUCUUUCUCUCAUUUCAUUUUCUAAUUUGUUGUUUCUCUAUCUUGGUUCUAAUUUGUUAAUGGUAUGUGACGUCCUUAAAGUUUUGGUGUUCUUCAAGUUUCUCAUCUAUAAAGUAUAAUGUUGGUGUGUUGUUCACUUCUACUGGUCGGUAUUUAUGAUCAUUAUAUGCGUGGUGUGAACAUUAUGAUUCCUUCUCGCCCUGCCAUCCGCUCUCGAGAUUCAUAUUUAUCAAUAGAUCUCCGGGCCCUGCCAGUUCGCUAAGUAAACUCACUCAACCAAGGGGCAACAAAGGCUGGAACUCUUCCUGCCAAAAACAGGGGACCUACUUCUCAUUCUAGGAGUUAGCAGGGUAGAGUUUUCUGUACAAUCAUUUAUGAUUGUCUGGGAGUGACCAAAGUCCAGGUUUUGCUUUCUCACAAAUUCUGAUACACUGAAAGAAAAUGUCUUACAACUCUCCUUGUCAAAGUCAUAAUGGUAAAUUACAAUUAAGUAGCCGCUACUGAAAUUUGGGAAAGGGAAAAGGAAAGAGAAAAUGGACAUGGAAGAGAUGAUAUUGGGAAAGUUAAAAAGUGAAGGAAAAAGACAGUCAACUUACUCAACAAAGCAGUGAAAAUGUUUUUAAAGUGGCAGUAACAGCAGCAACUUAAGAAGAAAUGGAGCAGAAGGAAACUUCCGUCGCCAAACGUGUCCGCUGCAUCGUCAAACUCGUGUUAAAUUGGGGAUUUUCAACUGGUUCUACCAGUUUUGAAGCAAUGGGAAAUUUCUUAGGGUAUAAUGCAAGCCUGCUCGCUAUUGAUCCAACCUUUCUAGAGGCACUUCCUGAAGAUCUUUGGGCAGGGGUUCUUGCAUCGCAGCAGGCUCUGGCUCAACCUCCAAGUUAUACAGCACCGACAGCUGAAGAUAUCGAUCCAGAAUUCUUAGCUGCUCUCCCUCUAGAUGUUCAAGCAGAAGUUCUUGCCCAACAACGUGCUCAAAGAGUCGUGCAGUAGGCUGAAGGACAGCCUGUGGAAAUGGAUAAUGCUUCAAUCAUAGCCACAUUUCCAGCUGCCCUGCGUGAAGAGCUCUGUAUUUGGAGUAUUUUACGCCUGACCUCUGAAUAUUUUAACAUUUUAUUUAUACUUAUUUUGGGUGUUUGUCAGGUUCUGUUAAUGUCAGCAGAAGUUGUUUUGUCAGCAUUGCCAUCUCCAUUACUCACUGAAGCAAAAAUGCAUAGGGACAGAGCUAUGAGUCAUUACCAAGCACGCAGUUUGUUUGGAGGCAGCCACAGGCUUCAUGGUCGUAGAAAUGGUCUGGGAUUUGAUGGACAGAAGUUAUGGAAGAAAGGAGCUUAUGUCUUUUCUCAAACGUAGAAAGUACAAAGAGAUGGUGCUGUCUUCUCUGAAAAAGAAGCGCCUUGGACUCUCUCCACUCGAACUGAGGUUUCAUCUCAGAGAUUCGCUAGGAUCCGGCCACCUCAAAACUAUCGAGGCACCCACAGGUUUGCUUGUUAAGGUUGGAGCAGAAGUGGAUUGAAAUUUCAGUUGACACAUUCCAAAUGUUUCACAUGUUAUUCAGAGUUACAUAAAUGUACUUAUGGAGAUCGAUAAUCGAAACAUCUCAACCUAGAGAUUGAUAGAAAUCGAAGUAUCAUAAAGAUUUUAUCGUCUUCGCAACUUAUGCCUCGCUUUCAUAAAGGAAAACAAGGUUCUGUAGAACACAUCUUCAAUGGAAUUGUUUUUAUUAAUGAUCGCCAGCAACUUGAUCAUGCUGGUUUUAUUUGUUCCAAAACUCAAUCUUGUGAAUUGAUUGAUGGCUCACGGGCAAAUGGUGACAGAAAUGGUAACCCUUAUUCGUCAAGAUCUGCACCUCACAACUCCAUCCUGUGUUCCGCAAUCUCCAAUGAAUUCGUCUAUAGUUGGCCUGCGUAUAAGCUUCAUAAAGAUGGAAGAGGACAUGGUACUUUAGCUGGAGCGGACGUGAAAAUUCGCCUUGAACCCUUCAAAGGUUGUAAGAGGCGUGUUCGUAAUAUCAAAGGAACUUCAGUCUUUGUUGAACUGAAUGCGCGGAUGAAAGUUUUGUCCCAGUUGAUUGCAAUCAUAUUUUGGAUAAUGUCAAUGUGUCCACACCAAUCCGUGACCGACCAGUCUAUAACUUCUGGAUUGAUAGAUAUUAACUUCACUGCUGAGAUGAUGGAUCCAGCUUUGCCGCCAAAUCCCAAGAAGGCUGUUCUUUACCGUCCUUCUGUUCCACUCUUGACUUCUGUCGUUGCUACGAUUUGCGAGGAGCUCCCUCCAGAGAGUGUGGUAUUAUUAUAUAUUUCUGCAUCAGGAAAUACAGUUCAGAGUACCUCGUCGCUCACAGAGAGCUCUUCAAGUUCUAGAAAAUCUUCAAAGAAUAGCGCUCUCUCUCGUCAUGAAAAUUAUAUUAACACCAAUGGAGAUACAAGUCAAUAUUUCGAGAAUUGUUUGUGCGUAGGUCCUAGCAGAAGUGGAGGUUUUGAAUAACCUCUAUCCAGGCGAUCUAAUUCCUUUCACACGAAAACCUUUCUUCCUAAUAAUUGAUAGCGACAAAGCAAUGCAUUCAAGGUCACUUCUACUUGACUAAUCGUCUUCUACACAAAAUGAAGGAAACUGCAAAAUCAACUGGUAUUCAGGAUAGAGUUGUGAACUUGUCAUCAGUAGCUCACGGAUGCCCUUAUUUCACAAGAUCAAUAACAAGAGCAGGUAUACUACGGUCCUAUGUUGCCGGGCUCUACAAAAAUGUUGUCACACCUGUCUCCGAGCUAAUGCAGAGAAGUUUUAGUUCCAGACUGAGGUCUCUCGGCUUAUGGACAUCCUUAUUAACUCCCUUUACAGUAACAAGGACAUCUUCUUGACAAAGCUGAUUUCCAAUGCUUCUGAUGGACUGGACAAGAUCAGUUCCCUCGCACUCACUGACAAAGAAAUUCUUGGUGAAGGUGAUAAUACUAAGCCCGAGAUUCAGAUUAAACUCGAUAAAGAAAAGAAAAUACUUUCCAUUCGCGACAAAGGUGUUGGUAUGAUUAAGGAUUUGAGAACCAUAGCUAAAUCUGAAACUUUAUGAGAUUUCUAACAUAACAUUCAAGAGAGGUUUUUUUCCUUUAUAGAUUUGUAAUAUUCAAAAGAAAUUUGUUUCCCUUAUAAAUUUGUAACAUUCAAGAGAACUUUGUUUCAUGUAUGAAAGAAUACUGUGGGUGUGUACAUUAUAUGCAGUAUAUAUAGUUAAUUAUUUAAUCA